GUCUUGCCAUUCUCCUCUACCACUAAUUUGCAGUUAGUAACCUCCUUCAGAUUACACUGUCUGCGCACGAUGUAAUCCACCUGCGUGGUUCUACCUUUGCUCUUUCAGGUCACCCUACAUUCCUGCCUCUUCUGGAAGAAAGUGUUCACUACAGUCAUUUCUAUCCUUUUUGCAAAGUCUACUACAUCUGUGCCUCCACGUUCCUCCUGGAUGCCAAACAUACCUAUAACUUCUUCCUCACCCCUGUCUCCUUCGCCAACAAGUCCAUUGCAAUCUGCACCAAUCAGGACUCUCUCUCUCUGUCUGGGAUGUUCAGAACGACAUCUCGCUCCUCCCAGAAUUUCUCUUUCACCACUAGGUCACAUCCUACCUGUGGGGCAUAACGACUAAUUACAUUAAACAUAACACCCUGAAUUUCAAGUUUUAGCAGCAUCAAUCGAUCUGACACUCUUGUCAACUCCAGGACAUUCUUAACUAAUUCUUCUUUUAAAAUAACCACUACUCAAUUCCUCUUCCCAUCUACACAAUGGUAAAACAAUUUGAAACCUGCCCCUGCUCUCUUGGACACACAAUAUAUCUAACUUUGUCUUUAUCAUGGCGGCACGGUAGACGACUGCUUAGAGCGUCUGUCUCACAGUUCUGAGGACCGGGGUUCAAUCCCCGGCCCCGCCUGUGUGGAGUUUAUAUGUUCUCCCCGUGCCUGUGUGGGUUUUCUCCGGGCACUCCGGUUUCCUCCCACAUCCCAAAAACAUGCAUGGUAGGUUAAUUGAAGACUCUAAAUUGCCCGUAGGUGUGAAUGUGAGUGUGAAUGGUUGUUUGUUUGUAUGUGUCCUGCGAUUGGCUGGCAACCAGUUCAGGGUGUACCCCGCCUCCUGCCCGUUGAAAGCUGGGAUAGGCUCCAGCACUCCCGCGACCCUUGUGAGGAUAAGCAGCUCAGAAAAUGGAUGGAUGGAUGGAUGGAUGUCUUUAUCAUCAUGUCAACCAAUUCCCUAGCUUUUCCUGUCAUAGUCCCAACAUUCAAAGUCCACAUUUUCAGUUGUAGGCACUGUGCUUUCCUUUUCUCUUUCUGCCUGAGAACCCGCUUUCCACCUCUCCUUCGUCUUCAACCCACAGUCGCUGAAUUUCCAUCGGCACCUUGCAGGUUACCGGCGUCCUGUAUGUUAACGGCACCAGUGACGUACGUUGUUAACCCGAGCCACGAUCGAUCCGGUCAUAUUUUGUUGGCAAAGUUUUAAACCAGAUGCGCUUCCUGACGCAACCCUCUGCAUUUAUCCGGGCUUGGGACCGGCCUACUGUUUGCAUUGGCUUGUCCCCCUCAUAGGGCUGCAUUCGUCACACACAGACGCACACUUGAAUUACACAUACAUGCAUUACAUAAACACACACACGCACACACACACACACACACAAGCAUGCAUCACAAAUACACUCACAUGCAUCCACUACACACGCACGUCUAAAUUGCAAACACAUGCAAUACACAGACACGCACAUCCAUUCAGCAAACACACAAACACACACGUACUGUACGUGUAUUUCACACUAGUAUGCAUGCAUUAAACACACGCACACACAUUCACUCCACGCACAUGCAUGCAUGCAUUACACACGUCUUUGUCCAUAUUGCACGCACGUACACACACACACACACACACACACACUCAUUGAAUACACAAAAAUGCAUGUAUGCAUUACAAACAUACGUAUGUUUUUACAAAGUUACACACAUGUAAGCAUGCAUUACACACACGUAUGUACACGCAAAUGCAUUACACACAGCACAGAUAUAAGGCAUUACAAACACACACACACGAAUGCUUUACACCCAUACAUACAUUAAACAUGCAUGCAUCACACACGCGCGGGCACGCGCGCACGCAUGAACACACACGCAUCACAACACACGUGUGCAGGCCCACAGCUGUUUGUUACGUAAUGAUAAUCCAGUUUUCGUUUUAAAAUAAUCCACCUCUCUCUCUCUUUUUUGUUCUCUCUCUCUUUCUCUCUCUCUCUCUCUGUCAAAAACAAUAAAAUCGUAUUUUCUUUAACUGAGCAGCUGUCAAUGUGCUUGCAAGAAAAUAAUGCUAACCUUUUUGGUGCAAUUAAAAAUUCUGACGAAAAUGAGGGAAAAUCAUGCUGGGAUGCGGCGCAAUAGAUUCAGCAAUAGAGCGCAAUAGUAGUGUAUGUUACUUAUAGUAUUUUGCCAAUGCAUUUCUGAACUAUUUUCGCUGUCUACUCACUCGGAGGUCUUGGCGAGGGCCAAUGACCGACACAGAGUGGUCGGGGUCAUCGGAACCAAGGAGCGACACCCGCUGCAACUCCCGCCGUUAUCCGGCUCGCUCUCGAUCGGCGAAUCCGGAGUCGGCUCGGCCGGAACCAGCUGCAUGUCUCCCGGGUCCAAAGGUUCCGUGGGAGGGGGCUGGACCACCGCGGCCCCGUCGACUUGUUGUGCCGGUGCGGCCGCCUCCUCAGGCGCGGGGCUCGCCGCGGAGUUUGCCGCGGAGCUCUUGGUCUGCGGGUCCUGAGCGAGGUGGAGGUGAUGGAGGAAGCCUACGUCGGGGUGAAGCUGAUGGUGGUGAUGAUGGAGGAGGUGGUGCGGGUACGCAGUGUAGGGAUGCUGAUGCUGCUGCACGCGGACAUCUCGCAGGUGCCUGUUCUCCCCGAUGAGCUCAUCCACUCGCCGGUCCAGCUCCUCGAUGCGGGAGCGCUGCGUCUGGAUGAGACUUUGCUGGUUCUGCACGAUGGUGGUGAGCUCCCGCAGGUACAAGAUCGCCUGCACCGGGUUUUCCAGCAGGCUGGAGCUCAUUCUACAGCCAAGGCUUGGACAAUGGCCAGGAAGAGAGAGGCAAAAGGACGCGGAAGAGAGGAAGAUGAUAUGGACGAGAUCUCCUUGGGGUUGUUGUUGUUAUUUUGUCUUCUUUCAGAAGGAUGCAGCGAUAGUCCUCGCCUGCACUUGUGCUCCCUCCCUCCUGUCUCCCUCUCUGAUUGCGCUGAGAAGUGCUGAAGAGAGGAACUAGAUCCAGCUGUGACGGGAGGGAGGGGGGAAGACAAGGAGGAGGAGGCGCGGGGAGCCACUGGUGCGCCAUUACGCACAGCCACGAUCAAACUUCCGGGCAAAGACGCACCCUACAGGCGGUUCGACAUCAAAGCAGCACAUGAAGGGGUCAGGUUGUGGGGUCAGCAGCUUAAGCAGGGAAGCCCAGACUUCCCUCUCCCCAGCCACUAUUCCGAGGGGAUCCCGAGGUGUUUCCAGGCCAGCCGGGGGACAUAGUCUCUCCAGCGUGUCCUGACUCGUCCCGGUGCGACGUUCAACAAACGCCUCACCAGGGAGGCGUCCAGGGCAUGCUAAUCAGAUGCCCGAGCCACCUCAUCUGGCUCCUCUCGAUGUGGAGGAGCGGGGGCCAUAGGGAUGACCCAGAAGCACUGCCUGGAGGGUCAGGUGUACUCUGUGCCUCUCAUACAGCCGGACCUGAGGAGAGAGGAGGCCAUUCACCAGAUAGCAGAUGCAUUGUUCUUCCUGGAGACCAUCUCUACAGAUAUUUUCAGGAGAGUUUCUGAGAGUGUGGAGAAAAAUCGCCACCACCUGUUGAGUGUCACUGACCGGAUCCGACUGGUUCAGGCUCGCGUUGACAGGAUCAAAGGCAGUAAAAAAGCCACCAAGGUUUUCUCCAGUGCUAAGUAUCCAGCCCCAGACCGACUCCAGGACUACUUGUCUCUCUUCACCGGAGCCGCCGACCCCUCGACACAAGCCCGGCCUCGACAUAGGAUACAGAACAAACUUCGCCCCUUCUGUGAGAAGACUUUACAGGAGAAGCUGGUCUACUUCCCGGUGUGCGUAGGCAACAAGAAAAAAUCAGAGGAUGAGACGGAAGAAGGGCUGGGUAGCCUGCCUCGCAACAUCUCCUCUGUCAGCUCGCUGUUGCUCUUCAACACCACUGAGAACCUCUACAAGAAGUACGUGUUCCUUGAUCCUCUGGCGGGAGCUGUGACCAAGACACACACAACCAUCGAGACGGAAAAAGAGCAGAAACCUUUUGAUGCUCCAUUGUCCAUCACAAAGAGAGAACAGCUCGAGAGACUGACUGCAGAGAACUAUUUCUACGUACCAGACUUGGGUCAGGUUCCUGAGAUCGAUGUGCCGUCAUACCUGCCGGACCUGCCGGGUAUCGCCGAUGACUUGUCCUACAGUGCCGACCUAGGCCCCGGCUUCGCCCCAUCGGGAACCACGCACAGCAUUCCAGAGCUUCCGACCUUCUCUGAGGAGAGCACUGGAGGUGAGCUCCACCCUAGUGUUCUUCCUCCUCCUCCGCCGCCGCCACCACCACCACCUCCACCACCACCUCCUCCUCCCGCAACUACAACUCCAGCAGGACCGCCUCCUCCGCCACCGCUUCCAGCAGAAACCACCUCAGAUGGCGUCAGAGUUCCCAGCUCAGGCACAGUGUCUGGUGCCCCCAGUGAGGUGGUCCAGCCCUCAGACGGUCGAGCCAGCCUCCUAGAGUCCAUCCGCAAUGCUGGCGGGAUCGGCAACGCCAAGUUGCGCAAUGUCAAGGAGCGCAAGAUGGAGAAGAAGAAACAGAAGGAGCAGGAGCAAGUCGGAGCAGCGUCCAAUGGCGGCGACUUCAUGUCCGAUCUCUUCAACAAGCUCGCCAUGCGCAGGAAAGGUAUUUCUGGCAAGGUUCCCGCUGGUGGGGAUUCAACCGAACCUCCUGCCGGUGCCGGAGGAGCGUUCGCGAGAAUGUCCGAUGUCAUCCCCCCACUUCCCGCCCCGCACACGACCACGACAGACGACGACGACUGGGAGGUCUGAAGAGACUGUAAAGAUUUAAUGCACUGAUAAUUAAGGUUGGAAAACCUCUGGAAAGUUUUCAGUAAAUUUCCAUGGGAGGUUAGGCUGGGGAAUUUUGGAAAGGUAUUAUAUUCAAGCAUACAUAUUAACAUUUUCUUUUGUCAUAAGCAGACAUCCAUCCUAAAAUAAUACAAUUAAAAAACGUGACAUUUCAGCAAAUUUCUAAGUAGAACAUUUAUCAAUUAUUAGAUAUUUUAUCGAACAAUCACAUCUUUCAUUGUAGAACAAAUGUUUGUAUCACUUAUCCCCCAAAUCGUAUAGCCCUUAAUCACAAGAGUCUCAAAGAGCAUCUCAGGCCCACUGUUGGCAAAGAUUGGUGACAUCUCCUAAUCCAAACCCGCUAAUCAGGCAAGGAAUAACUCAAAACCCCAUUUUGGUGGAACGAAAGAAACCUUGAGAAGGGACCGCAGAUUGGGGGGGGGGUCAAGUGGGCAACAUUUAAAAUGUUAAAUGAAAAGAUCCCCUUUGCAUGUAUCGUGGGAAUGCUAUGUGCAUUUGACUGCAUUUUACGCAUAGUUUUUCUUUUCAAACCAAUGUUUGCAUUAUGUAACAAUGCACUUUAAAUAUUUAAUGUGGCAAAUGAAAGCCAUGCAGCAUUGUAGCCACUUCAAUAAUUCAGUUGGACAUGCAGCAUUUAGAAAUGUUCCAAGGAUGUUGCAGACUCAGUAAAUAUAAAAAAGCCUUUGCACCCCUGUUCAAAUGCUAAGUUUUUGUGAUGUAUAAAAUGAGAACAAGAUAAAUCAUUGAAAACCCUUUUCCACCACUAAUGACCUAUAACCUGUAAAACCCCCCAAAAUUUAAAAGGUUUUAGGGAAAUAAAAAUAAAGAGCUGAGAUAAUGUGGUUAAACAAGUGUGUGUUUUAUAACUGGAGAUGUUCAGACCAGAACAAUCACAUUCAUUCAACUUCAUGUUAAAUCCACAUGCCACCAUUUAAAGUGCCUCCGAUGAAUCGCAACUACAUUUAAGCUGUGCUAGUAGGCUUUUCCUGACAUUUUUGAAAACGCAUCUUACAUCACAUGCCAUAGUCCGCAGAGAGCGUCCACAGCAUCAGAAGAAUCUUAUUAUUCAAACAUAUCAGUCAGAAGAAGGGUAGAAAAUAAUUUCUAAGGCAUCAAAUAUACCAUGAAACACAGUGAAGACAGUAAUAAUCAAAUUAAGAAAAAGUGGCACAGCAGUGUCAUUAGCAUAAAGUGGAUGUCCUCCAAAAUAGAUGAAGAUGAGAAGAAAAUUGGUGAGGAACAUUGAAGGAGCUACAGGAAUUUAUGGCAAGUACUUGGUGUGAAGGACAUGCAACAACAAUCUCCUGUUUUCUUUGGAUGAGUGUGUCCCAGGUGUCCUAGAAAUUUUGUCAACAUAGUAGAUGCCAAUAUUACUAAAGCACGGAUGCGCUCAGGCUAUAGCAGAACACAACCACAUUGACGUGUCCAACACAAGAUCUUAUAUCUGAUGGCUGGAAGAGAGAACCUUACUGCAGAAGCCCCGUAUUCACUGUACAAUUGCAGCAACCAGGAUCCAGCAGUUCAAGUAAAAAAACUAGUCGAGCUUUUGCUUCUUCUCCACAAAGAACUGAAAAAGAAGAACAGUGAAAACAAGUUGAUCUUGAGCAUCUAAAUAAAUUGUGUUCUCUGUCAAUUGACUGUCUGUUGUCGUACGAGAGCGGCUCCAACUACCGGAGACAAAUUCAAAUUCCUUGUGUCUUUUUUGGACAUACUUGGCAAAUAAAUAUGAUUCUGAUUCACCUUAAGUUACAAGUUAAAUUUGUCCCGUAACGCAAUUUAAUCAUCUAUCAAAUUCAUUUUUCCCACUGAAAUGAAUCAAAAUGCCUUUAAUUCGCUCCAGCCCCGCAUAACACUUUUCAUGAAGGAAAAUAGCAUUGUAAAAAUGUUUUAAGGGUUGUGGCCUUGUGAGUCACUACAGGAGCUGGCGUCUGCUCGACUGCGUGUGAGGAUCUGGCCGUGAGUGCAGCAUCUUAUUUUGUAUACUGUGCUUGUCCCGUUCUAUAAACGGGUGAAAUAGCAUCGGC